AUUUGUCCUUUUUUUCUUUCCUUCAUAGGUUGUAAGAUUCUCCUUUUCCUCGCAGAGGCUUUGGGACUCACCCUUCAAAUGUCUGGUGUCAGGAAUUGAACAACCUGGAUACGAUGCCAAAAUAUACCCAAACAAUUUUAUAGCUUGAACCAAUGAUUCUUCUGGAUAUAUAUUUCUCUCAUCAAGAAUAAGUACAAAAUCCAAAUCCUGCUCACUAGAAGAUUUUUUUUUUUAAUUUUAAGAUCAUGGACCAUCUUACUAGGGAGAAAGAUGAAAGGAAAACAAAAGGAAAUCCAGGAAGAACUACACAUGGUGCCCGAGCAGCAAGUUCUGCUUCAGCCACCGGUGUUCUUAUGGUUGGACCCAAUUUCAGAGUUGGGAAGAAGAUAGGCUGCGGAAAUUUUGGAGAGCUCAGGUUAGGCAAAAAUCUUUAUACAAAUGAAUACGUAGCAAUCAAACUGGAGCCAUUAAAAUCCCGGGCCCCACAGCUGCAUUUAGAAUAUAGGUUUUAUAAACACAUUGGCACUGCAGUUGAAGGCUUUCCACAGGUGUAUUACUAUGGGCCAUGUGGAAAAUACAACGCCAUGGUACUUGAGCUCCUUGGUCCAAGUUUGGAGGACUUGUUUGACCUCUGUGAUAGAACAUUCACUCUCAAGACAGUCUUAAUGAUUGCGAUCCAACUGAUCACGCGAAUGGAAUUCGUACAUUCAAAGAAUCUCAUUUAUCGAGACGUCAAGCCAGAAAACUUCCUGAUUGGUCGUCAAGGAAAUAAGAAAGAACAUGUCAUUCACAUAAUAGACUUUGGGUUGGCCAAGGAGUUCAUUGAUCCUGAAACACAAAAACACAUACCUUACAGGGAACACAAGAGCCUAACUGGAACAGCAAGAUACAUGUCCAUCAAUACACACCUUGGCAAAGAGCAAAGUCGGCGAGAUGACUUGGAAGCCCUUGGGCACAUGUUCAUGUAUUUCCUUCGAGGUAGUUUGCCAUGGCAAGGCCUUAAGGCUGACACGCUAAAAGAGAGAUAUCAGAAGAUUGGGGAUACGAAAAGGAACACUCCAAUUGAUGUUCUCUGUGAGAACUUCCCAGAGGAAAUGGCUGCUUAUCUUCGUUAUGUCAGGCGAUUAGACUUCUUCGAAAGACCAGAUUACGAUUACCUGCGAACAAUCUUCACGGAGUUAUUUGAAAAGAGAGGCUUCACUUUUGAUUAUGUCUACGACUGGGUUGGCAGGCCAAUUCCUACUCCCGUGGGGCCCAUGCAGGUGGAUUCUGGACCAUCCGUCACAAGAGACCCCCAUGCACAUAGGGAUCGGUCCUCAUUACAGCCUCACCGGAAUCAGGUGGUAAGCUCAACCAAUGGUGAGCUGAAUGCCGAUGAACCAGCAGGCCCACCCUCCAAUAUACAGCUUGCAGCACAUGCUGACGUGGAAGUAGUGGAGGAAGCUAAGUGCUGCUGCUUCUAUAAGAGGAAAAGGAAGAAGACUUUCCAGCGCCAGAAAUGACAGGUGUCUCCUUGAGGUCUUUGGGGGACCUUGUUUACCGGCUGUUCCUGCCACGUCUUACUGAAUGGGGCUUCUCUUGGGGGAGAGGCCAAGAAACAAGGGAGACUUUAAAACCAAAAAAAGAAAGAGAGAGAGGAAGGAGGGAUAUUCAAAAAUAAACACGCAGGUGGAUUCCCUAAACGGUUUCUCUUGCUCACUACGCACCGGAGGCUCCUUUUGAAACCGGGACUGCAUACUCCCAGGCACUGGUUGCCCUUGUUGGGAAGGUUGGCUGGCUACCUUCACCUCUGUACAGCCGUUCAGCAAAAGGGUGUUCCUGGUGAAUGUGCUUUGUUCUUGCUCCCUUUCUCUUGUGUUCUCAGUAUGCUUCCCCACCACCACCACUGCCGUUCCCCACCCACUCAAGAGGGUCUUUGUGAACCAUGGGCUCAAAGUGGUGGAGGGGAGAGGGUGGCCUUCUGCCACUCCUCUUCCUCCAGACGGCUUAGUUUUUGGCUGUGCUGGCAACUUAGACCUGGAUCUUCUUAACUGCACUCUGCAGAUUCCAUGAUAAUAAGCCAACAGCAAGAGGAUUGAAUUCACUCUUCCAGUUGCCUUGAUUUACGAGUUUCUGUGAUGUCUCCCUUCUCAGAAUGGUUACAGAGAAGUGUCUGUUCUAAAGGAACAUGUGUUGUUGCACUUUUUAUUACUUUUUAGCAUUACGAGUAUGCAUAUGCUGUAUAUGUGGGUCUGUUUUUUUUGUUUGUGGGUGUGGGUGUGAAUGAUGCCAGCACACACAUUCAGCUUGUAUUUAAGUGCAAAGCCUCUUCUUGACUUCCUCUGCCUGCCACAUUUGGAAUCCUUUUAGGAUUAUGCUGAGGCUUUGAGACUCCACGGUUGGUUGUGCACCGAAGCUUACUUGAAUUUUCAGCUGCCCUUUCCAGCUGUCAGUGGACACCCUUCUUGUGAUGUUUUCUUUUUUUUUUCCCAUGGUGCCUGAUCUAACCUGCUUGGAACUGGAAAUCUUUCUGCUGGCAGGAGAGAGAGAGAGAAAAGUCAGCUGGGCUGAAUUCUGAGCAGGUCAAGGAGAUGGAAAUACAGACUGUUGCAAGUGAUACGGAAAGGACAAGGCACUUGAAGAAAGCAGAGCAACACCGUCAGGAAGAGGAGACUGCCGCUGCCUUAGACUUCCUGUGAAAUCCGAUCCUGCAAAGAUUUUUGAGACCCUUUGUGGAAAUAUAAUAUAUCAUGUGGCUUCCGUCAAAGCAGUCCUUCUGUAUGUUGCCUGUAGUUCUCUCUGUUAGCCAUCAGGGCGUUUAUUAACAUGCCUUGCAAGGUGGACCGUGACCCACCCCCUCAUCCAGUGAAAGUGAGCGUUGCAGUGUUCACUCAGUUUUGUAUCUCAAGCCUCAGCUUGCAGACUUCCACAGUACCGUUCUGGAGAUCGCUUGAGAUCCGUUUGGAAAUUUAAGAAAUUUGUCCCAAGAAAGCCUCUGGACUGCCAUUUGAGCUACUUAAUGCUUUAGAAUAAAACCACAGUAUUUCCUUUUCAGAGUCCCAGGCCUCGCCUUGAAGUCUUGUGUUCCAUCCCUGUUCAAAGGUGCUGCGGCCCUUGAGAUUGCUUCGGGCAUCUGUGGUUGUGACACUUGGGACUUGUGGAGAGAAGGUGCGAGAGAGUGUUUGCUAUUAACCGAAAAACCUAUUUCAGAGAGAAAGGAGAGAGAGUAGAAGCAACUCUCCCGGCAGUGAUCCUGCUGAUUUCUGUCAAAACGUAAAUAUUCAGUCCAUGGUUCUACUGCUCUUCUUCUUCAUCUAACCGUCUCAUCUGCACAUAAAGCUAAUGGCCACUCAUGAGUUCUGCGCUGCCUUUCGCUCUUCAGCCUGUGAACCAAAAUAGAGACCGACUUUUGUCCCACAAGCUGUCUUUCCAGGAAGCUUGCGCCCUCAAUUCUUUGCAUUUUUCCGGUUCCUCUUCUCCUGCAUUCGGGAGGUAAUAUGGAGCAUGGAGCCUUUGCCCACAAUGGGUAAGAAUGACUGGUUUAAAUCUGUGUCAUUGCCCUCCUUUCAACUCCUCCCUCUCUGGCUAACCAUUUCUCGUGCCACUUGUUUAAAAAAAUGCU